GAUACAAGAUAACAAUUCCGCACUAACGCUUGUGAUGGGCUUGUUGCUACAAGUUACGACACUUUGUAUGCAAUAUCCGGACAAAAAAUGGCGAAGGCGACAUCAAUCAAGGAGGCUAUAACAAAAUUUGAGGAGCAUGAAAAAUGCAAGGCUACUGAAUCGAAAAAGGUGUUGCUUUAUGGACAAAUACCACCGCUUGAGAAAAUGGAUGCCUCCCUAUCAACAUUAAUCAACUGCGAACAUUUGUCUUUGUCUACCAAUGUUAUUGAAAAGAUCGCAAAUUUAAAUGGUCUAAAAAAUCUGACUAUCCUGUCCUUGGCAAGAAAUAGCAUCAAAUCGCUUACUGGGCUCGAGGCGGUGGGCGACACCUUGGAGGAACUGUGGAUUUCAUACAACAACAUUGAGAAGCUGAAGGGAAUCAAUGUCCUCAAGAAACUCAAAGUGCUCUACAUACGUGUCAACAAUGUCAAGGACAUGGGAGAGUUUUCAAAACUUGGUGAUCUGCCCAACCUGAAAGAGCUGGGUUUCGUGGGCAAUCCCCUGGCUGAAAGCCUGUCCGAGCAAGGUCAAGAUGUCUACACAGAUACCAUCACCAAGAAAUUACCCAAGCUUAAACGACUGGAUGGCUUCACUGUGAUAAGAGAAGAUGAUGAAGAAGAGUCAUAAUUAGACAGUGGGAUAUCUUAGCUCCAAUCGUGACCUGCUGUAAUACAGCAGUAUGAGAAAGCUGUUGAACAUUUGUUUUCAUUCAUCUUUGUUGCCAAAGCUAGUACUAAGAAAAACUUUACUUAAGAGUAUCAUUUCAUUUCUUUGGUUAGGAACAGUCUCAUGUCUUAGUGUUUAAAAAGGACAGCUUAAGCUACAGUAAUAUGACUUUUUUUGUAACAGGGAUGUUGUCUGUGUGUACUUCAGAAUAAAGUAUAUUGAAUACAGGGAAGAUAAAAACAUUUACAAUUUCUAUUUUUAGCUUUUGAAUUGUAACUGAAGAAAACAUAACCAUAACAUUACUGUUAACUGUUUUAAAAAAACAUAUUUUUGUUUCCAUGCAUAGCUGCAAAUAAUAAAUUCAUAAUGAAGUGACUGUAGUUAAACUGUUUUGUUGACUGAAAAGUGAUCAUGGUCCUACUUUGUACAAGUGCAUGUAUAACAAACACAUAUUUGGACUAAUAAACCUUUAACUACUGAAAAAUAAUGCAUUUAUGGAAAAAGUUAAUUACUGAUAAGAUUAUAACCGUGUAUUUAAUAGCAGAAUGCGCAAAAAUAUUAAAUGAUUGGUGUAUCUAACAGAUUUACUGUGGUCUACUAUAGUCUCAAAAGGUAGAAAUACUAUGUUUUAUGUUCAUUUCAUUCAAAUCAAACUCUGUAUCCUUCAUAAGAAC